AUGAAGCUCACCCACCUCCUCCCACUCCUCUCAACCCUCACCACCACCACCACCGCCCUCGUCUUCCCCCCUCCCACAAACAGCACAACAACCAGCAGCAGUGCCUCUUCCACGCCGACAACCCCACCAGGCAGCAUGGCCUGCGGCGGGAGCCUCGGCGACCUGUGCAACGACCUGUGCUACUGCUCGGGAACCUCGGUGACUUGCCAUGCGGACCCGACGAGUCGGUGUGUGCAGAUGUGCAGGUGUUGA